AUGCAGACCAUAGACCUGCCAGUUGAGCAGGCUGCAGAGGUCGUCAAACGACAUUUCAUCACAACCAAACAUCAUUACCAAUUACCUGGCGGAUCUAUUUCGGAUUCCAUAUAUACUUGGGUAGCCAAAGUCGAACGAGCUCAUCAACACCGACGCACAAGAGCCCAGUCAAUCUCUCUCCCGGCUAUCCAUGAACCUUCUAUCGACCCUUUGCUAACAGCUCUAAGAGAACCAGGCGGAUUUAGACGAGCAUUUGUUAUGACCAAAGCAGCCCAGCAGGGUAGAGAUAUUCCAAAAUUCUUGACAAGUAACUUUGUUGAAUUUCUUUGUUUGUUUGGUCACUUUGGAGGAGAAGAUCUAUCGGACAGCAGCGAGAACUCAGACGAAACAACCUCUGAUGAAGACCAAGAAAGUGACGAAGAAGAGGGUGAAGAUGAAGGUCAAGAGGAAGAGGAAGAGGGAGAAUGGGUUGGUGGUUCUUCAGAAGGCUCUAUAGACCAAAGGCUUUUAAUGUCUCGACGUAUACGCCCUUUGGUUGAUCGUCAAGCAUUACCCUCAAUAGCUUCAACCUCCCAACCUCUUGUAACCAAGCAUUUAAGCAGUGCUCACCCUUGGAAAAAAGAGCAUGUACCAAAUUCGACAGAAAGGCGUCAAUCGUACACUAUUCCAGCUGCUACAUAUCCAUCUUCUCACACACCUACACCCCGCUACCCUCAUCAUCUCCGAUCCCGGGAAAGAACACCUCUCCUACCGAAAGUACGACCAACAACCUCAAUCCAGGGCAAGGCUACACCCGGAAAGGCCAUGUUCUUACUACUAAAGUCAUUUGUUACCACUGGCAUAAUGUUUUUGCCUAAGGCAUUCAGCAACGGUGGCCUUUUGUUCUCAAUAAUGGGUGUAAUCACACUUGCCUUGGUAUCACUUUGGUCAUUUCUUUUGCUGGUUCAGACACGACAGGUAGUACCAGCCAGUUUUGGAGACAUGGGAGGUGUACUGUUUGGGCACAAGAUGCGGACAGCCGUGUUGCUGGCCAUUACUCUGUCGCAGAUCGGGUUUGUGUGUGCGUACAUGGUGUUUGUUGCCGAGAAUAUUCAAGCGCUUGUCUUGACUUAUUCUGAUUGUCGCCUUGUACUUCCAAUGCAUCUCUUGAUCCUUGCCCAGAGCUUUGCUUUUAUACCCCUUGCCAUGAUCCGGCGUAUCCAACGUCUGUCUGUAUUUGCACUCACAGGCGAUGUAUUUAUCGUCAUUGGCCUCGCUUACCUCUUUUUCUAUGACUUUAAGGCGCUCAUAUUCACUGGUGUGGAGGAUGUUCAGUGGGUAUGGAAUCCGAUGCACUUCCCCCUUUUUAUUGGCACAGCUGUUUUUACUUUUGAAGGUGUCGUUAUCCCUAUUAUUGAGUCUAUGAAGGAACCAGAAAAGUUCCCUCGCGUACUUACCCGGGCCCUGGCACUCAUCACUCUUUUGUUCAUAUCAAUGGGCUCAUUGUCGUACAUGGCAUUUGGCAACCGUGUUCAAACAAUUAUAUUAUUGAAUUUACCAAGCCAUGAUCCUGUUGUUGCUACCAUUCAAGGCCUCUAUUCACUUGCAAUUUGCCUUUCUAUUCCACUUCAACUAUUCCCGGCAAUCAGAAUUAUGGAAAAUGGCCUGUUUGUUACAAGAUCGGGCAAAAACAAUGCAAUGGUUAAAUGGCAAAAGAAUGUCUUUCGAGUUCUUGUGGUCUUUUUAUGUGCCUGGAUUGCGAUUGUGGGAUCCAAGGACAAGCUAGACAAAUUUGUGUCGUUGAUCGGUGCUUUAUUUUGUCUACCUCUUUGCUUUGUUUUUCCACCACUCUUUCAUCUCAAAGCAUUCGAGUUAUCAUUCUUGCGCCGGAUGGCCGACUAUUUAUUGAUCUGUUUAGGGAUCGGAUGUAUGGUGUUUGUGUCUUUUAUGACACUUUCUCAAUGGAACUCUGCCGAAGUACACGACCCAGUCAAACACUGCGUUGCCAACAAAGUCUAG